CUGCAUUCUCCAAUGUAUACAUUCUGGCGGUUUGGUUCGUUGUCAAGAAGAAUCCAGGUUAAUGAUGGUGUUAUUUGUUGAGUCAAGAUGCCGGUGAAGAUUCCUUUCCGAGUGGUGCACGCCUCCGGCCAAGACGACAGUUACCGUGCCGCUGAACUCAACAACCACAGCCCACUCACCAAGGGAUGGAGCUCAGCCAGAUAUUGUCUGUAUCCCCAGGACAUUGUAAUUCAACUCGAUCAGAGAACAAGAAUACGCAAGAUUCAGUUGUUGUCACAUCAGUUUCUAAUAGCAACAAAGAUCGAGUUUUUUGUAGGUGACGUCCCCGAUUUAACACCACUGUCUUUGGACAAUGUUAGAUACACUCGGCUUGGCUAUGUGUCUCUGUCUGAUAAUGAGAAGACUGGCUACAAAGCGAGGGAACUCAAGUCUGUGCAUGUCGACGCAGUCGGGCUAUUCCUCAAACUGAACAUUCACAAGAACCAUAUCAACAGACACAACCUAUAUAACCAGGUUGGAAUUGUCGCAAUCAAUGUUAUUGGGGAUCGGCUGGGAUAUGGAACUGAUGUCACUGACCCAGAUUUCUUUGUGGAUGUCAGUGAUAAAAGGAAUCUGGAAAAAGAUCCGAUCCUGGAUGGUUUUCUAAACAGGCCGGACUACAUCUCCCCGCUUGACGACUUGGCAUUUGACAUGUAUCAGGAUCCAGAGAUAGCGCAGAUUAUUCGCAAACUUGAGAAGAAGAAACAGGAAGCUGUCAUGAUGGAGAAGUAUGACUAUGCCAAGCAGUUGAAGCAGGCCAUCUCAGAACUCCAGAAGAACAUCUCUGAUAUAUUUGUUGUUUCUCACGAACUCCCCUCCAAUAUGAUAAAUUCUGUAACGGCCCUAAACCAGUCUGCAGCACACAUUUUCUUGCAGCAAUCUUUACAAGACGACGAAGCACGUGCGUACAGCCUAACAAACGUGCCGAUAGAAAAAGAAAUUACACCAAAAGAACCGUACUGGCUCCCCGUUAGGUCCGUGCGACAGAGCAUUCUCGACGAGCCCUAUCUGCUGCCUUCCGAGAACCAGUACUUCCUCCCGCCCGACAAAAAAAAGUAUUUCAGGGCUCGAAAAAACAUGCGACCUUACAGAUCGCUGGAUGAUUUCGAACCCAGACCUGAUUCCCGGUCGUCAGACGAACCCUACUGGGUUCCAGUCAACUCGCCCUACUUUAGGCGAUACGAGGACCUACUUCGGGGGCCAGAUGUCCGACUUUUGGCACAUUUGAAUAGAGCAACAUCGGCUUUAGACGUUCCUGAAUCGGACGAACCAACGAUAAGUCGGAGGUGGGAGAGCCAUCGAAGAAAACUUGACCCGAUAGACGUAGCGCUGAGCGAUACCGAUUCCCUCCGAAUUAAAAUGGAGCUCACGUCAAGCACGGUUGGCGAGAAGCUGGGUAAGAUGGAGGUUGAGAAGAGACAGGCGGUGGAGAACGAGGACUACGACAAGGCGAAGACGAAGAAGCUACAGAUGGAUGAAUACCGCAACCAGGCGUACCGCGAUCUGCGCAUCGCUGAGCUGCUCGAGGCCAGUGCGGCCCGUGAACAGCAGGCCCUGGAUUACAGCUACCGCCAAAGGAUUUCACCGAGAAUGUUAGAAGUGUACCCCACCCCGCCACAGAGUCCUCCCCGGUAUGACGAAAGGCCGCUACCCACCGCCAGACGGAAUAGUCAGGUUAACGAUAACCCCCCCAAACCCGAUCCGGACGUGAAAGAGGCGAAGGAGGGCACACCGUACGAAGAGAGACAACUCCCCAUCCACAAGCCAGCCCCGAUUCUUGAUGAACUUGAUCUGCCAGAAACAACAGAUUCCGAUGCUAUAGAGGAAGUUGAACCUAUGACGGAGAAAGAUUUGCGAGAUGCAUCGUCAGCAAUUGAUAUUUUCGGUCAACCUUUGGUGUCGAAAGCCUACUCGAAGACGUGGUCAUUUCGAGAGGACAGUUUAUUGGCCGUGUACAAACAGCUCGAAAUGCUGCCCACGUCUGUAUCCAAGGACGAGGCUAAAUCCAUGUUCAGGGCUGCUGUGUUCCUUGUGAAGAGGGCCAUUGAUGACAAAGUGUAUGCGGUGUUCAAAGCCGCCCUCCAUCUUUUGAAGAUGAUGUUACGAGACUUUGUCCCAAAACACAGAUUGCCCAAACAAGAAGUAACGUACGCAGUGGAGAAAACGAUUCCCAAUCUUCUACACAAAUCAGGAGACACUGCUAUACGGAACAGAGAUGAUGCCAAGAAGACCAUCUUUGAGAUAGCAAAACUCCCAGAAGUGAAGCCGACCAAUGCGGUUCUUCAUGAGUGUAUUAAACCCAUCAAGGUGUCGAUGGCUCCACGGCUAGCCGAGAGUCACUGCGAGAUCGUAGAACAGCUGUACAGCGACCACGGGCUGUCUAACAAUACUUAUCCGUGUCCUAGGAAGUGGUUACUGGAGUAUGCGCAGACGUCUAGUGACGACGACUCAUACACUGCGGGAUGUAGCUCAAUGUUGGAGCUCACGCCCCGCAUCAAGUGGGUCCAAGGAUCGCCAUCCCUCACUGUCCCCACCGGCUUUUAUGCCAUUCCUCGUCGGUUCUAUCACAAGUCAUGCGGUCUAACGCUUGACAACCUGAUGACGUUUUGCGUGGAAGCUCUGCACCACAAUGCGGGGGAGGUGCGCGAGGUGUCCGAGCGGAUCAUCAAGCAGUUGUACCUGGAUGUGGGCGCACCCGUCAGGGAGUACCUGCCCCAUGACGACGACAAGACGCGCAAGAUCACGCUGUGGCGGCAGCUUUUCGAGUACUUCGACCGCAUCGACGGAAAGCCCACCAAGCAGGAGUUACAGAAAAAGAAGGCGACCCAGGAGGCAAAGAAACAGGCGGAGAUUGAAGCUCUCCAGAAGCAACUACAACAACUCAAAGACAUCCAGCAGGGCAAACUGCUUGCCCUUAACAAGCCAGUAGAUGAUUCUCUGUUGAAGAAGAAAGGUUCACCACAAAAGAAAGGGAAGCUGAAGCCCAAAGGUCCACCUGCAAAAGAUGACGAUGAUCUAUCAGUUUCCAACAUGGAUAAGAUCUGUAUAUUCUGUGGAGAGAGAAACAACGAUUUUAAUGAUGAAGGUCUUGAUCUUCACUACUGGAAAAGCUGCCCGGUUCUAAAGAGAUGUGCUAAUUGUAAAGAGGUUGUAGAGAUUGCUAGUCUCACAGAUCAUCUACUAAAGGAGUGUGAAUCUAAAAACAACUUCUCUAAAUGUCCUCGGUGCUCGGAGGCUAUAGUGAAAGCGGUUUACGAUCAACACGUAGCCGAGAAAACCUGUAACCCCAACCAAGCGAAUGUGAACCACUGUCCCCUGUGUCACGAGAACAUCCCUGUUGGGGAGGACAGCUGGAAGAAUCACCUGAUGGGGCCGAGAGGCUGCAGUAACAACCCCCGCCGGCUACUCGCACUGAAUAAACCUGCAGGUACGAGCAUCUUUAUGUCUUACGGUGAACCCGCGCCACUUGCUCACCUUGACCUUCUAACUACUGCAGGUGAGAUAGAGAUAUCUCGCCUGAUGUCGUGCCAGUCGACAUCCUGUACACUGUAUACAGUGCAUUCCCCAAUUCAUAUUUCCCGCCAUUUUGCACAUGACACUCGCCGGAAACGAAAACCUUUCGCUCCAGCUGGAAAGGGAAAGACAACCACUCGUCUGAAAGCCGCGAAGAGAUAA